AGAGCACCCGCUGCGCCGGCCCCUCCGAGCUGCUCGCGUCCGUCUCGGCGCUUCCUGCCCCGCGUCCGGCCAUUGUCCCCGCGCCGCGGGGUUGCACGGGGGAGGGGGGGGUCCCUUUGCAUCGCUUCUAAACCCCCGUUUCAUUCGGGGCAGCGCUGCAGCGGGUCGGGACGGACCCCCGCGGGUUUUAGGGAGAUGCCCGGGGGUCUGGGGGGUGUCGGAUGGGCGCCGCGAAACGUGGGCUAAGCGGCGGCCGUCCUUGGCGGGGCUCCGCUCCAGGGAGGGCCCGGAUCCGGCCCGGCGGCUCCGGGAGGAAACGGGAAGGUCGGCAGCGGCGGGAGGCCGGCGGGACCGGCAUGGCGGGCGGCCGGGCCGCGGCGCUGGGCCUGGGGCUCUGCGCCGCUUUGCUGCGCCUGGCGGGCUGCCGGCUCCCGGCCUCCGAGGCGGCUCCCCGCACGGUGCAGCACCCGUCCGACGCGGCGGCGCCCGGGGACGCCCUGCGGGACAAUUUCCGCCUGCAGCCCGGUGACUUGGUGGCCACGGCGGGACAGGCGCUGGAGCUGCCCUGCGUGCCGCCCUGGGGACACCCCGAGCCCCGCGUGGCCUGGAGGAAGGACGGCGUGCCCCUCGACGUGGCCUCGGGGCGCUACGAGGUGACCCGCGGGAAGCUGCGGGUGGCCCAGGCGCGGCGGAGCGACUCGGGCGCCUACGUGUGCGUGGCCACCAACGCGGCGGGCCAGCGGGAGAGCCGCCCGGCGCUGGUCUCCGUCCUGGAGAAGCCGGCCAUCGUGCGGCCCCCCAGCGACACGGCGGCGGCCGCCGGCAGCACCGUGGAGCUGCCCUGCGGCACCCAGGGCGACCCGCUGCCGUGGGUGCAGUGGCACAAGGAGCGCGGGGACCUGCCCUGGGGCAGGCACGAGGUGGACCGGGAGCACACGCUGCGCCUCUACGCCGUGUCGCCCGCCGACGCGGGCACCUACGUCUGCACGGCCCAGAGCCAGCUGGGCAUCGUGGCCGCCACGGCCGUCCUCCGCGUGGAGGUCCUUCUCCUGCCUGCAGAUCUCCCAGAGGCGGGCGGGCAGGAGGCCGUGCCGCGGGACCUGCGGGCCGUGCGGCUGCACCUGGACAACAGCACCGCGCUCCCCUCCGCGGCCGCCGUCCAGCUCCGCUGGCGGGUGCUGACGCCGGCGCCGGCGCCGGAGGGCUUCAUGGUGCUGUACCGCUGCCUGCUCCCUGCCAGCACCGCCUGGGCCCAGCACGACGUCGGCAGGGAGCUCAGCGCCGUCAUCCCCGCGCUCCGGAGGGGCUACAAGUACGAGUUCAAGGUCCGGCCCUACGCCGGGGGAGCCCAGGGCGUGGACAGCAACACCAGGCACCUCUGGAUACCCGAGGAAGCACCGAGCGCGGCGCCCCGGCACGUCACCGUGGGCCGGGCUGAGACGGGGAACGGCACCGUGGUCGUGAGCUGGGAGCCGCCUCCUCCCGACGCCCACAACGGCAUCAUCCGCGGCUACAAGGUCUGGUCCCUGGGCAACGGCUCUCACCACCCCACCAGGACAGUCGAUGGAGGCACCCACCGCUUGGAAACCCUCCCGCCGGGCCCCGGGGCCACGUACUGCAUCCAGGUGGCAGCUUUCAACGGCGCGGGGCUGGGGGUGCCCAGCAAUGUCACCUGCGGCGUCCCGGAGCCGCUCCUGGAGGCGGUGGCGCGGGGCCCCGAGGCGAUGCCCUUGGCCGCCCUCGUCGCCGGCGCCGGCGCCCUGCUCUGGGUGACCCUCCUGGCCUUCCUGGUCCACCUGUGCCAGCGCCAGCGCCGCGCCGGCGGCCGCCGCGGCAAAGGUCUGUGCUGCCGCGCCGGCGAGGACGCGGUGGCCCGGCAGAGGCUGGAGGCCGGCGACUCGCCCUGGCUCUCGGGCACCUGGAAAUCCGCCUCCGGCUCCAAAACGCUGGGCAGCAGCAGCAGCCUCAGCAGCCACCUCCUCUGGAGCGACACCAGUGAGUCCCCCCGGCCCCGGGGGCCCGGGACCCCCCCCACGGGGCCUGGGAGCCCCCCGCGGUGUGGUGGCACCCGCCCGGGGGGUGUGGGACCUCCUCCGUGGUGCUGCGGGACCUCCAUCCCGUGUGGUGCCCUGUCCUUGGAGCAGCCGAGCCGAGGUGCCCCGAGGUCCCCCGGCCCCCUCCGCGGGGACCUGCCACCCGAGGAGGCCAGAGGCUUCCCCCACCCCCCCUGCCACCGCGGGGGGCACCCAGGGGUGCUGGCUGGCGAGCGAGGAGCCGCCCCGGACCCGCCACCGGCGUUCGGCUCCCCAAAACCGCGGCACUGCAGCACCUCGCCGGGCUCCCCCCACCCCGGGGGGCCACCCCGCACCCGGCACCCACCGGCCCGGUCCCCGGGGCCGACGGCCGGCGGCCGCCUCUCGCCGUCCCCAUCGCUCGGCGACGACGGCGACAGCGUCCUGACGCCGCGGCGGGCGGCCGAGUCCCUGGAGCCGGCCGAGGACGUUCCCCCGGGGCCACCGGCCGCGGGGCGCCAGCCGUCCCCGUCCCCGCGGCCCUCCUCGCCGUCGCACACCUACGGCUACAUCUGCGGGCCGCCGGCCUCCGAGCUGGGCGACCCCGAGGAAGAGGAGGAGGAGGAGGAGGAAGAGCGGACGGCGGCGGGCUCGCUGCUCAACGGCUGGGGCUCCGUCUCGGAGGAGAACUUCGCCAGCGCCCGCUGCAGCCUGGUGAGCUCCUCCGACGGCUCCUUCCUCGCCGACGCCGACUUCGCCCGCGCCCUGGCCCUGGCCGUCGACAGCCUCUGCUUCAGCCUCGGCCGCGACGAUGAUGAAGACGAGGGGCUCUACGCGGGCUUCUCGCCGCCUUCCUCGCCCUCGGAGGGGCUCCUCUUCCUCGAGGGCCCGCCGCGGCCCGCCUGGGGCUGGAUGGCGGUGCCGGAGGCCGAGCCGGGCUGGAGGGCGAAGCCGGAGGAGGAGGAGGCGGCGCUGAGCCCGGCUUGGGCCCUCCCGCAUCAAUGGCACGGUUCCCGCGGGCUGGCGGCCGGCAGCCCCUGGGCCGUGCCGGCGCUCGGGGUCCCGCACGCCGCUGCCGGGCCCGGGAGGGAGAGGAGCAGAGGGACAUCGGCACGGAGGGUGUAGGACGGCCAGCGCCGUGGCACGGACUCGCUCCCGCUCGGAUUUCUUCAUCCGCUACUAACCCGGCCGCGUUUUCCCGCGUACUAACCCGCACGCGGCUUGGCAAUAAAGAGCCGCUUCCCGGCGGAAACGGCGAGCCGGCGCGGGCUGCGACGUGGGGUCCCGAGCCGCUCGGCACUGCUUAACAAAUUGGGUUUAUUGGUCGUUUUACAAAAGGCGUUUUCCGUGAGCAAAAAGUGGACAAAAAAGUGGCGCUGAGCCGGGCGGGCAUCCCUCCUCGGCGAGCAUCCGCGUCCCUCCCGAGCAUCCUCAUUGCUCCCGAGCAUCCUCGUCCCUCCCGAGCAUCCUCAUUGCUCCCGAGCAUCCUCGUCCUUCCCGAGCAUCCUCAUCCCUCCCGAGCAUCCUCAUCCCUCCUG